AUGGCAACCUUAACUUUGAAAUCUUUUAGCUCAUUCGCUUUAAAAUCAAAUACUAUUUCUAAAGUAGCAGGUGUUGCAGCAGCUCGCACUUUUGCUACAGAAGCAGCACCAGAAGAUUACGGUUUUUAUCCUGAUCCUCUUGAACAUGCAACUGGUCGUGAAAAAAAGAUGAUGCUUGCUCGUCUUGCUGGAGAUGAUCGUUAUGAACCAAAAGUCUAUUAUCGUGCCGAACUAAGUACUAAAGAAAAACCAAAUUUAGUUCCAGCUCAUUUUGAUUUUCGCAUAGUUGGGUGCUUGUGUGAACCAGACAGUGGACAUGUUAAUUUCAUGACUAUUAAUAAAGGAGUUCCAAAACGUUGUGAAUGCGGUCAUUGGUUUAAGGCUAUCGAUGCUGAUCCAGAAUCUGUCUAA